CUUGCUGAGAAGCAGAACUCCGCUUAGUAAACAGACCAGGCUGUUGAGGUGAUAUACCCUUGGAUUGUCUCAUUGAGGGACCCAGUUUUUCUGCCUGUAUCAAAAUACUGGAGAUCUUCGGGGAGUCCAGGCUUCCUUCAGAUACUAAAAGGCUGCUAUAAGAUCUCCCCCGACCCUUUUCUUCUCCAGGCUGAACAACACCAGCUCUCUCUGUCUUCACAGAAGAGGUGUCUCAUUCUCCUGACCUUGGCCAUUUUUGUGGCACUCUGCUGGACACUUUCCAAUGGCUCCAUGUCCUUCCUGUGUUGAGGACUCCAAGCUGGACGCAGUACUCCAGGAUGGCAAGACAGAUGUGAAGUCACUCAUGGCGAAAUUUAACACGGGUAAUAGCCCCACAGAGGAUGUUUCUGGUAUCAGUCGACCCUUCAAAGCCCCAGGACAGCGUAUACACACAGGAUUACAGACGAGGAAAGCAGCACUUGAGAAAUUUGCAGGUCAAGGAAAUGCAACUUCUCCUUCAGGACCCAGUACCUUUCACAAACCUGUUCAUCCUAAACCUCCUGUGGCAGCCAAGCCUUCAACUGAUGAUAAAACAGAGAAGGAUCCAAAGCCCCCAUAUUUGAAACCAGUGGCUCAAAGAUUUGGGGUUCAGCUUCAGGCAACCAACAGAGAAAACGAUGGAAAAGCUGGAUGCACUAAACCUUCCACCAAAACCAGUGACUUGGCAAAAGAAGAGCCAAAGCCUCUGUAUCCAAAACCUGCAGGGAACAAGUUCCUUAACUCUGCUUCUCAUGAGAAAGAAAAAAAUCCGCCGUUAAUAAAACCAAAUUCAAAUUUUGAGCCACAGGAGAGUGAAGCAAAACCAGUAUUUUCAAAAAUAUCUGGAGCUAAGGAAAAGUUUAUGUCUGCAACACAAGAAAAUGAGCCCAAGCCUUCUAUCUCUAAGCCACCUCUUGCACAGAAACCUUCUCUAAACCAUGAGGUCUCCCACAAUGAAGACACUUUAAAUAAAAAUGCUUUUCUGCAGAAAGGACUAUCAGGCCCUAGACCAAAUAUACACUCGUUUAAAGCAGCAAAGGAAAUGGAUGAAAAUAGCAACAGUGCUGCAGAAGCUGCAGGCAGUCAUUCUUCUAACAUGGCUCUGAAGCCCACUGGCCACAGGUCUCUCCCUUCUCAAGGUAUCCCAAAAAAUGUGGAUGAAAAGACUGAAGAAAAGGGAAUGAGUGCUGCCAAGAACAUAUUUCUCAACAAAAUCAUCCAGGAAGAAUCAGGUUCUUCUUCAAAGUUCCAUAAGACGAACACAACGCCUGCUGUAGGAAGGCCAUCAGGUGGAUCACAAGAGAAAGAGAAUGGGGACAGGAGUUCAGGAACCCCCAAGCGAAAAGCCUUGCCCCCGCUGUUCAAAGUGGGACAGCCCCCACAGAAGCCCAGCAGACCUCCCAAUGUGGAUCUGGAAAAGUUCCGGAAGAGCAGCCCAAAAGAUUGCCCUAAAAAUGAAGGUUUGAAACAGAUAGCACCUUCCUCAGCAGCACUCCCUCCACCUGUACCUCCACCACAUUCUGCUACGCAGUUCCCACCGCCUCCACCAGCCUCUCACCCAUCCCUGCAGUCCCCAGCAGCUCCCAGUUUGCCUCCCAGAAACACCAAGCCCAGCCCUGAAACAAUAACUCCAGAAAAUGAAGAAAAUUAUGAUGAUGUUGAAUUUGUUUCACAGGGUCAUGGAAAUACAGAGGGGGGCCAAGGAAGUGAUGGGGAGAUGUAUGAAGACAUAAAUGACAUCAGAUCUUCAAGGGAAAAAGAGAAGAAGAGGGACAAGGAAGAAAAGAGAAGAAUGGACCAAGAGAAGAAAGAACAAAAGGAAAAAGAAAAGAAAGAGCACGAAAUAAGGAAGAAGUUCAAAUUAACGGGACCCAUCCAAGUCCUUCAUCAAGCAAGAGCUUGUGUUGACCACAAGGGAGGGAAGAAUGAGCUGACUGUCAAACAAGGGGAUGAGAUUGAAAUUAUUCGCCUCACAGACAACCCAGAAGGAAAGUGGCUGGGCAGGAUAAAAGGAUGUUAUGGAUACAUUAAAACAACAAUUGUGGAGAUUGAUUAUGAUUCUUUAAGAAGAAAGCAACAACCAGCUACCAGAGCUGCCGUGAAACAUUCAGAGAGUGAUCAAGAAGUGUAUGAUGAUGUUGGAGAGCAGGACAGUAUUAGCAGUCAGAGUGGUGGUCAAAGUGGAGCUGGAAAGAUGUUCCCACCUCCUCCUUCUGAUCAAGAAAUUUAUGAUGGGAUUGAUGAUGAAGAUGACGUAACUAAGUCUGUAUCGCAGGAUGAAGAUAAGAAUGGUAUCUGGUCCUGGGGAAUCUUGAAGAGGUUAAAGGUCAAAGAUGGCAAAAAGAAAAGUGUACGAGAAAAAACAACCAAAGUCAAUGGGGCAGAAGAUAAUGGACAUUUGUUCAUGCCUCCUUCAACAAAGCAGUUUGGAAAAGAUUGUGGAGACAAUGAUGUUUAUGAUGACGUAGAUUCUUCAGACUUCCCUCCUCCACCGCCUGAAGUCAAUUCAUCAAAAUCAGCAAGCCUUGGAAAACAUAAACCAGAUGAAAAAGAUACACAAAAGCUUAAAAAGAUGGAAAAAGAAGAGAAAGAGUUCAGAAAAAAGUUCAAAUUUGAAGGUGAAAUUAAAGUUCUUUACUCUACUACCACAGUCCAGGAUUUGCCCCAGAAAAGAUGGGGACCUAAAGACUUACAAGUUAAACCAGGGGAGUCACUUGAAAUUAUAGAAAGCACAGAUGAUACCAAGGUCCUGUGCAGGAAUGAAGAAGGAAAAUAUGGCUAUGUUCAGAGAAGCAACUUAGUUCAGAAUGAUGGAGAGAUUUACGAUGAUAUUGGUGACGAUUGCAUCUAUGAUAACGACUGAUGGAGAAUUCCAUACAAGUUUCAUUAAAGAUCAAAAUCUAUUUCCAACUUCCUAAUUGUGAAAGCAAGAGAAGUCACUAAAGCUGAUCACAAGUUAAUCGGUUACACUCUUCUAGAUGUACAAUUAAUCUUUUUUAGGAUUUCAGGGCUUCCUUGUCCCUUGCUUUGUAUAACAUUCAUAAUGGCAUUUAUAUGAGAAAUUAAAAUUCAGGGAAUAUGAGCUAAAGUUAAGGUUAUCGUUUUCCACUUCCUUUCCACGUUUGUGACAGUCCAUGUAUAAAUUGUUCAUCAAUUAGCUAUACCCAAAGAAGCAAGUUCAGGUCUGUAAAGGAUACAGAGGGCAACAAACCCUGGGAACAGUUUUACUCUGGUUCUGGUCUAUUAAACACCAGGGACUGCCACUCUGGGGAGGACAGUAUCCUGAAAAGAAAUGCUUCCUUUGGUGAUAAUAUCCUGUUGUGAAAACAGGAAAUCAAAAGUGGGCAUCAGAGAAGACAAUGCCAUUGCUGACCCACCAUUCCAACUGCAAUAGCGUUAGCUACACUGACAUGUACAGCCACAUGCCAUUACUGCUGAAGUUUCUUUUUCUGUGUUGUACUAAUGAUAGAAUACCAUUCUCUAAAAUUUAUUCAUCCUUUUUUCAAGUACUUUUUGACAAAUAUUAAUAGUAAAAGUAGCAAUGUUAUAUGUGUUGCAUACAUCACUGAGAUAUAAACCGUAGAAAAGUCUACUUUAUAGCGUAGUGUUGCUCAAAAUAUAUUCAGAACAUUUAGGUUAAGAUUUGAUUUCUGUUUACCUUGGAGAUAUAUUCUUGUUGCCACUGUAGUAAUUUAGGCAUUAAAAUGGACGUAUAAACUGAUGAAAAACUGGCUGAAAAUAACUUCUAGACUAAAUACAUAUGUAUAGAUAUCACACCAUUUUGAUAGUAUCUUUUUCUUUUAAGUACUAUAUUUUACACUAGACUUGGCUAAAUGAGAGUACAGAAAGUAAACAUUUCCAUGCUUAUCCACUGAAGAAACAACAUUUAGUCCUAAAGAUCAUCCUGUUCUCUGAAUAAGAAAGUAGUAAAAUGAAUGGAUGAAUCAAAAUAAUAAAUAUCACUUUGCACUUAUAUAUCAAAACUCACUGGAAAUCAAAAGUAAGCUCCCAGUAAAGAGGGUGAGCACAUGCAGAGUAUGGAACAUCUAUUUGUAACGUGAUGCUUUUGCUGUCGUGCAAGAUAAUCAAAAACCUGUAACAAGCCAUGUGGCUGGAUCAGUGUAACCAACUCCUCUUGAUAAUCAAGUCUCCUACAGUCCCCAAGGGAAGUGAGGUACACUGUACAAACCGGGGCAAUAUCGCAAGCUAGCAAGUUCGGCUUACAAACAUAAAAAAAAUUGGCUCUGUUGAAGUCAGUGAGUUUUGAUGUUGUCUUCAGUGGAGCUGAGAUUUGAUCUUACACGCGUGCCUUUUAUUGAUAGUUCAAAAUACAGUAAAUCUCUAAGGAGGUACAAUGCUAUGGGGAUAUGAAACAUAAAAUUAACUGUAGAGAUAAUAGCCUAUAAGCUAUUUUAUACUGUAUUUAAAAUCACUGAUAAUACACUGAAAAGUUAUAUGCAAACUUGAGUUUCCUGCUCUAUAUUUGCUUUUCAACCAGCAUCCAGGCAUACAAAUACCAAUUUUAUGUGUAGACAUCAGCACCAGCACAGAAAUUUGAACCAUGACCUUGCAUAUUAAGCACAAUAAAUGUGUCUGGCUAUUUGGCAACAUCACUGCUGAUGGUUUAUUUAUUUUUCAGGGGCAUUCAGGAGGAUACCUGCAUCAAGUUAUCGAUAUGCCAAAGAACUGAGAGGGAACAUAGAUAUUUAGAAAUACACAAUGACUUGUCAGCUAAAAAGAGGGCAUAUAGUUUUAUGCUUUACACAGUUAAUUAUGUGAAAAAGAGUUUAUGUUAAAUUCUGACAUAUAUGCCCAGGCUUGUUUUUACUUGAAACAACAGCAGAACUUCAUGUGUUGCCGUAUGACCAACAAAGGAACCUUCCAUUUCAAUAUAGUUUAUCUUCUCUUAAAGGACUUUGGUAGAAUACAAACCUCUUUUUCGCCCCUGAAAAACAAGUGAAUUUUAUUCUUUGUGAGAUUUUUCAGUCAUAUAUUUGAAGAGCUUUUCCAUGUUCUUAGCCUUGAUGUGUUGUAGGUGCUGUAUUUCCUUACUUAUUAUACUGACUGAAUUGAUCUUAUGAUACAUUAAAUCAUCAAAACAAAUAAUGAUACGAUACUUUAAGCUAAACUGUGCGUUGUUUGCACAGAUCAAAUAUAAUGUGAUUGUUACAGGAUAUUGAAAUGUAUUUAUAAGGUACUACACACCGAAAAAUUACUGGUAUUGUGUAUUUUUUUUGCCGAUGCUAUUCACUGGAUGCAUUUUUUUUCUUUUUUUCUGAAUAAAAGUGUGCU